AUGAAUAACAAUACGAAUACCACCAAUAUGAGCCAUUUCUUUGGUCAGCAGCACCUUUUGCACCAACAGCAGCAGCAGCAGCCAAGAAAUUACACAUUUCCUCCUCCUCAAUUACAGCACCAAUUUCAUCAUGAUACCAAUCCAAAACACAUAUUCGCUAUCCCUCCUCCCCCUUUAUUGUCAGCUAUUCCUCCCCCUCCAUUUGACAGAGACAUUUCGCCACCCAGAAAGAGAACUCGCACUUCCCCUGAGCAACUUGCCGUACUUGAGAAAUCUUUCAGCUUGAAUCCAUCGCCGAAUAACCGUGUGAGAGAACAAUUGGCACAUCAAUUGGGCAUGCCUGAAAGAUCGAUUCAAAUUUGGUUUCAAAACCGUCGUGCCAAGGUGAAGAAUCAGGCCAAACGCUCUGUUCAAAUGCAAGAUUCCACACUCUAUAUGCAACAGCAAUAUGCUGCAAGUGCUGCUGCCGCUGCCUGUCAAAGUGCAGCAUUCCAGCAACAACAAGAUUCCAUUGACCCUAAUUUAUACUAUUACUAUUACUACUAUUAUUUCCAUCAGCAGCAACAACAGCAACAGAGACAAGCAUUGUCCGUGGUAACGGAUCCAUCUGCUUUUCCUCCUCCUCCGCCACCUGCACCGUCCUCUUCCUUCUCGACACCCACUUCCUCCUAUCCGGCUCCAAUCAACACAAACAGUAUGCCUGACUUGACCCUGUCUGCCUCCACAUCCAGCUCAUCCAUCACCUCGGACAACCAUCAUCAUCAUCAUCGUCGCCAUCAUCAUAGAUCUUCAUCUGCUUCUUCAUCCUAUACCGAACGCACCAGAGCACAUUCCGUUGGACCCUAUCCGUAUUACCGCAAAUCAACUCCACAAGAAAGACAAUCUUCUCUGGGUCCUCCUCCAACUGCUUCCAUGAGCAAUCCCAUUUCCACAACAGCCUCGACUGCCACCACUUCAUCUAAUACCACUGCAACAACCACAACUCCCACCAACAUCAUGCAAUCUCAUCCACUCUUAUUCAACACAUCAUCUGAUGCCGCCAAACUUUACAAUUCAUCCACCAUCCUCGAAGAACCUUAUCAUAUUGCACCAUCUUCUAAUUCAGCAAAACCAUCAGCACAACAGAAAUACAACCUCACAGCACAAACACUGCAAAUCGGCACAUGGAAACGUGUUUGCGAUCUUCACUGCCACAUGGACCUUUCGGCACGCACACUGGUCUGGUGCAUUGGCGACGAACAGCAAAGCUUCCGCAUCGACAUUAAACUGAACUUGAUCCAGUUUAUUCGUAUGCAAAGUAAUAGUAUGACAAACACAAAUAAACUAGAGUUCUUUUUAAGUUCACCUGAUCAAGUGAAAUUCUUCAUGACGACGACGACAGAUGGAAGCGCCUGGGUUCAAUGCCAUGACUUUACGCAAGACAAGCAAGCCUCGUCGGAAAAUGUACAUGUGCUGGAGGGCUUUAGUCUACUACAAGCUGAAUUUAUGGAAAUACUGAUGCAGGCACCAGAUCUCCAGUCGUUGGUCAUUCAAGAAGAAGAACCAGCAACAGCAGCAGCAGACAUGUUGCAAGAUGAUGCUGUUGCCAGCAUGUAUCAUCAUGGAAGCCAGAAUAGCAGCUUCUUGAACAACAAUAGCAGCCAAAGCUUGUUGCUGGACGACGUUUCGACAACAGACGAUGGCAUGGCCACCAAUUUACUAUUGCUACAAGGAUUGCAUUUGCCCUGA